AUGUUUUUCUGUUUUAAAAACCAGAAAAGUAUUGAGAAAAAGCCUUUUGCUACUGUAAGAGUAUCAACUUCAAGUUCUAAUACUGAUGCUGAUAUUAUUGAAGAGCAAAUUCGUAACAUAAGAAUGGUUUUUUUCAAACAUGUAGAUAUUUUGAUGUUACUUAAAUUUAUUGCCAUCAUAAUUAUUUUUUGUGAAUCCUUAGGAGUUUACCUGGCAAAUGAAGAAUUUGUCAUGUAUACAUUUAUUGUAUUUUCCGUUUUUUCUCUGUUACUUCUUUGUGCAAUUAUAACAGCCAUUCAGGAAGAAAAUCAAAAAUAUAUUUUUACAAUAAUGAUAUGGUUUUAUUUUAAAAUUCUUUUAAUGAUUUCAUUUUUAGGAAUAGUUGUACUUUCUGUUUUUCCAAAUGAUUUAAUACCAUAUGUUCAUCAAUUUUUUACUCGAGACUCAACUUAUAUAAUAAUAAUUUCAAUGAUAGUAAUAUUUUUUAUUAUAAUUCAAAUACUUUUAACUAUAAAAGUAUACAAAUAUUUUGGAUUAAGAGAUGAAUUAUAUACUAUUCCUUCUGUUAAAGUUCACCACAUUCGACCAGAACUCGCUCAUGUCUUGAUGAAGAACAAAUAUUAA